AUGAUAAAUGUUAUUGUCCACCACGGUGGUGAAGUAGAGGCCCAUGAAGAGGCUGCUGAAGUAGAGAUUGGGGAUGCCAGUGGUCUGAAUAGUGAUGUUGAAGUGGAAGGUGAAAUUGAAGUGGAAACUAUGCCUGAAAGUGAUGAUUCUAGCAGAGAAGAAUUACUUAGUGGGCCAGAUAGCGAGAGUGAAACAACUGGGGAUGAAGAAAACAAUGAUGAAAGGACAGGAUGUGGUCCAUUCCAGACAUUUGUAAUGCCAAAAAGUAUGGCGGAUUACAAAUGGGAAGUAGGAACUAUUUUUCUAGACAACAACCACUUCAAGGAUGCCAUUAGGGCUUAUGCUAUUCAUGCAUGGAGAAAUCUGAAAUUUGUGAAAAAUGAUAGUAAGCGAGUUAUGGUUGGUUGUUUGGGUGCACAAAAUAAAUGUCAAUGGUCCGCAUAUUGUUCCUAUGUUCGUAGCUGUAAGAUUUGGCAAUUGAGGAAACUACUUGAUGUUCAUUCUUGUAGCAGGGAGUUCAAGAUUAAUAUCAUUAAAGCAAAGUGGCUUAGUGAAACCUUGGACCAAACUCUAAUAGAGAAUCCAAAGCUAAAGAUAAAUGAUGUAAGACAAAGGGCUUUAAGAAAAUGGAAUACACAUGUGUCAAUAUCAACAGCUCGUAAAACAAGGGCAAUGGUUGCAGAUAUAGUAGAUGGGUCAUUUAAAGAGCAAUAUAAAAGAAUCUACGACUAUGCACAUGAAUUACUAAAAUGUAAUCCUGAAUCAACUAUAAAAAUCAAAGUGAAAAAUGAUAAUGAUGAAGCAAUUUUUCAGAGGUUUUACUCAUGUUUAAAAGCAUGUAAAGAUUCCUUUGUCGUUUGUAGACCCAUCAUAGGUUUGGAUGGUUGUUUUUUAAAAGGAAAAUACGGAGGUGAGUUGUUGAGUGUUGUGGGUAGAGAUGCUAAUGAUCAGUUAUUGCCCUUAGCGUAUGCUGUUGUGGAAGUUGAAAAUAAAGAAACUUGGACAUGGUUCUUGGAAUUGCUUAUUGGUGAUCUUGGAGGUAUUGACGUGUGUAAAACAAUGACCUUUAUGUCUGACCAACAAAAGGGAUUAGUGCCUGCCAUUCAGGACCUAUUACCCACUGCUGAGCACAGGUUUUGCAUGAGGCAUCUAUAUGCAAAUUUCAGAAAAAGAUUCUCUGGCAAAAAAUUAAAGAUACUCAUGUGGAAGGCUGCUAGGAGCACACACCCAGCAGUUUGGGAAAGAGUGAUGUUAACAAUUAAAGAGUUAAAUAUUGAUGCUUACAGAUACCUUAUUGCUAUACCUCCAAGGUUCUGGUCCAAGUCUAGAUUUAGUGGUCGUGCCAUAUGCGACACAAUUGUCAACAAUAUGAGUGAAGCUUUUAAUAGUGUCAUAGUGGAUGCAAGAGGAGAAAAAAUAUUUGAAGUGAGGCACAUAUCCAUGGUUGGAGAUAAGUACACAGUGAAUGUGGAUGCUCAACAUUGCAGCUGUAGGAAAUGGCUUCUGACUGUUAUCCCUUGCUGCCAUGCUAUUGCAGCAAUGAAUUUCAUCAAUGUCAAUGUUGAGGACUUCAUACCAAUAUGUUUCAGGAGAUCCACCUAUGAAGAAAUAUCAGUCCAUCAUCUUUCCGGUCAAUGGUGA